GUCAACCAUCUCCGAAUCCAACAUCCCAAACUACCUCUACCAAAAUGUGCAUGAGCGCGACUUGCCCUACCUGCUCUAAGCAAGCGUGGCGUGGCUGCGGCUCCCACGUCCCCUCCGUCUUUGCGGGCGUCCCCGAAGACAAGUGGUGCACCUGCGAGCCCAAGGUUGAGGUCAACGGCGUUCAGUACCCUCCUCAGGCGAAGUCUACGGGUUUUUUCAGCGGACUGAUGGGUGGUAAAUAAGCGGGAUGAUACCAUGGCGUUCAUAACGACGGGGUCGAGAAAACUUGGGAUGAUGAUGGGGGGAUACUUUGAAUUGGCAGUCAAACAUAACAAGACCACUGUUGUUCGGAACUAUAUGCCCGGCAUCGGCGUCGUCAUGAGGGGUCCGAGGGGGCCUUUGCACUUGCUGCCUUUCAUUGAUUGGUACAUUUCACUC